ACAAGCCAUGUCUUAAUCUACAGUCUUAACUUGUAGCUCUCUCACUUUCACACUUGUCCAUGAAGACAAUUAACCUUGCUCUUCUCAGGUGCCACCUUUUAUUUUCAGUGUUUUUCUAAGUAGUAGUGAAAGCCAUGGCAAAGAAGAAGAGCUGGUGCAGUGUUCUGAAAAGGCUUAUUGUUCUGGGGAGGGAGGCCAGAUUAGAGAAGGCGAAGCGAAAGAGGCCAAUUGGGAGGCUGAGAAUCAAAUGGUUGGCCUUGUUCUCAGCUCCACCACACCCAAAAGAUGAACAUGAAGCCUGCAGAGAGGAAGAACUGGGAAACCAUGCCACCAUGGUUAUAGCUUCUGCUGCAACAAAUGCUGCAGAUUCUGUGCCUUUCGUGCCCGGGGGGGAGCCUUGCUAUGUUUCUCAGCCUGCCCAUCACCAUAAAGAAGAGAUUUCAGAACUGUCAGAAAAUCCUCACCUCCAUGCUCAAAAACACUGUUGUAACUAUGAUAUAGAGAUUCAGACCCUUGCUUCCAUCAAAAUUCAGACAGCUUUUCGCGGUUAUCUUGCAAGAAAAGCGUUGCGAGCAUUGAAAGGACUAGUGAGGCUUCAAGCAAUCAUUCGGGGCCAUGCUGUUCGUCGCCAAACUAUUGCCACGCUUAAGCGCCUGCAGUCCAUUGUAAACAUCCAGUCAGAGGUCUGUGCCCAGAGGUGCAACUUAGUGAACAACACAACAGAGUUUCAAGAAAAUCAGUACCAGGACCUAAGAGAGAGAGAUAUAAAGAUAGAUUUGAACAGCCAGAAAAGGUGGGAUAAUCGAGUUCUGUCAAAGGCGGAAGCAAAUGCUAUGUUCUUAACCAAGAGGGAUGCUGCAAUCCGGAGAGAACGCAUAAGGGAAUACUGGUUAAGUCAUAGGAGGUCUGCAGAGUCAGAACAGACAAGUGCACAUACAAAUCAAAGGUAUUGGCUACAACAAUGGGUAGAUGCCCAACUAGCCAAAAGAGAAGAUCUCGAAAACCUGGGAACAGUUUUCUCUGCAAGUGCAAGAAUGAAAGACAGGUUUGAUCAAAGAGAAGCAAAGCCAAAUAUGCUGAAACAAUACAAGACAGAAAGUUUGAUGUCUCCAAUUCGGGCGCCAAGAAGAUCGUUUAACAACUCUAUCGGGGAUGACAGCCCUGUGGCAUCCCCAGCUGUGCCAACUUACAUGGCAGCCACUGAAUCAGCCAAGGCAAGAGCUAGAUCACUGAGCUCCCCAAGGCUAAGGCCAACGAAGUUCGACGCCUAUUCCGAGAUUAAUUCCCCAUACAAGUAUAGGCUCUCUCCUAUCUCCUCUAUUAACAGUGAGGUCACUAUAACCAGCAGGGUUCUACAUCCUACAAGCCUGUCACAAAGAUCACCAUGCCUGAAGAGUGCACCUGGUCCUGUGAGAUCAAGCAGAAGCCUAAAGAACAUUAGCUUGGAGCAAGAUUUGUGAUGCCCAAAUUGGGAACCCUAAUAGUGCCCACCAGAUGAUUAACCAGACAUGAUAACAUUUGUAACAUUUGGAUGGUCUGCUUACAUAUUUCAGUUCAUAAUAAAAACUGUUAGGAUCAAGCAUUUAUCACUGCGCAAAAAUCAACUUUAUUUUC